GAAAAACAAGCGCUCCCUCGCAUCACACUCCGAAGUUGAGGCCUCUUACGGAAGUUACUUUGCUUAAAAAAACAGCUAAGUUUAUCCAAUCCUCUCUGAAUUUGCUGUUUUAUGUGUAUAUGUCUCAGUAAAUACCGACGGAAACAGAACAUGUCCUAAGAAAACCUAUUUUUAUCAGUUAAAAGUGAAACAAACCUCAGCUUUUACUACGACGGAUAACCCGGAAGUCGUAGCGUGACAUAAGCCAUGUACCUAGCACAGUUAGCUAGCUUCUGAGCUAGUUAACGAGUUGUUGUUGUUGUUUUCAGGGAUUGUCUUUAGUUAUUAUUCUGCUUAUCAGCGAAUAUUUCUGAGUAGAUCUUAGAAGGUAUUGGCCAUGGACGACGAAAGCUACCCAAGAACCCUGUAUGUGGGAAACCUGUCCAGGGAUGUUACAGAGAUCCUGAUUUUACAGCUCUUCACCCAGAUAGGACCCUGCAAAAGCUGCAAGAUGAUCACAGAGCACACAAGCAAUGACCCAUAUUGCUUUGUGGAGUUCUACGAGCGCAGAGAUGCAGCUGCAGCCCUGGCAGCCAUGAAUGGCAGGAAGAUACUAGGAAAGGAAGUUAAAGUCAACUGGGCAACCACCCCUAGUAGCCAGAAGAAAGACACCUCCAAUCACUAUCAUGUUUUUGUGGGUGAUUUGAAUCCAGAGAUUACUACUGAUGAUGUCAGGGCUGCAUUUUCACCUUUCGGGGCAAUCUCAGAUGCUCGUGUCGUGAAGGACAUUACAACUGGCAAAUCAAAAGGGUAUGGAUUUGUGUCCUUCUACAACAAACUGGAUGCAGAAAAUGCGAUUUCUCACAUGGCGGGUCAGUGGCUCGGAGGGCGGCAGAUCAGGACAAACUGGGCGACGCGUAAACCUCCGGCCCCAAAAAGUGCUCAGGACAACGGCUCAAAGCAGCUGAGGUUCGAUGACGUGGUGAAUCAGUCGAGUCCACAGAACUGCACGGUGUACUGCGGCGGGAUCCAGUCGGGUCUCACAGAACAUCUGAUACGACAGACGUUUUCACCAUUUGGUCAAAUCAUGGAGGUCAGGGUGUUUCCAGAGAAAGGAUAUUCCUUCAUCAGGUUCUCCACCCAUGACAGCGCUGCGCACGCCAUCGUCUCUGUAAACGGGACCGUCAUUGAGGGACAGAUGGUGAAGUGCUACUGGGGCAAAGAGUCUCCUGACAUGGCAAAAAGCUCGCAGCAGGUGGAUUACAGCCAGUGGGGCCAGUGGAGCCAGGUGUACGGAGACCCGCAGCCGCAGCAGCAGCCGUACGGCCAGUACAUGGCCAACGGCUGGCAGGUUCCCUCCUACAACAUGUACGGACAGACAUGGAGCCAGCAGGGAUACGGAGCCGAGCAGUCGCAGUCGGCAGCCUGGAUGGGCGGCUACGCUUCGGCCCCGACGCCUCCUGACACCGUCGUUUCCAACGUGGGGAAUUUCAACAUGGCCGGCUACCAGAUGCAGUGAGACGUUUCCGACCCGAACACACCACCAAGGGAAAAAACAAAAACAAAACGGCACUUUUCUUCUGGACGGAAACGAGAGAACAGGAGUCGUAUUUAUACAGAGUUUGGUCGUUAACAACCGGUUUUAUAAGUCACUCUCCUCCUGACUCAGACUUUGUUUAUAUGGUGAUUAUUUACAAUUUUGAUGUUUUGGAAAAGGAAAACCAAAGCCGCUAACCUGGCUUGAAUAUCGAAGGAUAAACCAAAAGUUUAAACAUUUGAAAUCCAAACAGAAAAACGUCAAAGUCACAAAUUUUGCUGUUUUUAAAUCCAAAACUUGACAUUUUGAAACACUUUGGGAAUGUGAUAAAUUUAGCAGCAUGAAUGUUAAAUAAUCCUCCCUCCCAGUCUGGAAAUGUUUUUAGAAAUAUAUUCUAGUGGAUUUAUUAAUCGGGAUGUUUUUCUAAAACAGAACAAACUUUUCAGUUUUUCCUUUUCAUGUCGGGUUUUGACGCAGUUUUGCAUAAAUAAAUAAAUCGUUUUUGAAGAUUAUUAUACAGCUGCUUGGUGUUGCUCUUUAAAAUAUGUCGGAAAUAUAAGUGGGAUUUUUGUUUUCCUGAAUAAAGUUUGUGUACGAAGGAAUCCUAAGAAGGCCAUCUUUUUAAAGGAGUUUAUGUUCAUCUUUUGCAGUGGAGGGCUUGUCGUUUUCAGACGUUGAUGGUUUUAUUUUGGAUGAUGAUGCAGCCGAGUUUGAAUUUAUGCUGUUGAAUCUGGAAAAGGCUGCAUCUUUAUAGUCCCUGUGUAAAUUACAUUAAAACCUGGUAGAGGUGACAGGCUUGUUGCUCAUUUUGAAGCCGUGUGGUCAGAGGAGCUCUCUCUCUUUAAAUGUUGAUUUCUGGUUGGCAGCAGGAUUUAUUUAAUUUUCAUUUGAUGCUGACAAAAUUUAGCAAGAUUUUUUUUUGUUCUUUUAAAACAUUUUAAUUUCUAGUAUAAGAUAAUUACUUGAAUCCUGCUGUUUUGGGUUUUACUUGUGCUUUCCUGCAUGGCGUGUCAGAAUUUAAAGGGCAUAUAUCAGCAUUUUCACCAGGAAGAUUAAUUAAUUUCCAUGAUAAAAAUUGAGAAAGAAAACUUAGAAGUUGCUGAAAAGUGAUGAGAAGUCUCCAUCUUGAAUUUAGAUAAAAUGAAUAUUUAUAUGGUGAUUUUUGAGGUACAUUGGAGACUCAGCCAACCGGCAACCUACCUUGGGGUUUAUCUGCUCUUUCUCUAAUUCACCACAUAAACAAAAUAUAGACCAGAAAUUUUGCCAGCUGAUGUGAUUCUAACCAGAAUAAAUGUACAGUGAUUGUGCAAGCCUCACUUUUUCCACAUAAAAAACAGAGUUUCUGUCUUUUACUACGAUGUGUUGAGACACACCAGUCAAACUCUAGAGGUUUACCUCCAGGUUUGUUAUUUGUAAACCAAGUUCUUUAGACCUAAAAGUGCUGGAUAAGAGGAAUAAAGUUUAAUUUUGAAGCUAACUAUCAGGGCUAAACAUGCAUGGGGAACGUUUGGGGAUUUAAUUUGACCUGCAGAAAUCACUAAACAUAUUUAAUUUCUGGGUAAACUUUAUGCUCACAAACAACCAUGUCCACCUUAGCAGCGAUCCGUCUUGUCCGGGUUAUAAACUCUGUUGUGUCAUCUUACUUUAUUCCUUUAAUUUAUUUCAUAAUACUAAAAAUAAAACACAUCCAAUUCAACAUGUUCCUCUUUUUAAACCAAACAGUUUCUCCAGUAAAAAACGUAAAAACUGAACAUCACAGCUUCCAUAUAUGGUAUUCACUUCCUGUUUAAGAGCAGUGUGGUUACCAAUGUAUUUUUAUUGACAAAAAUCCUUUUAAAAAUGUGGUGGAGGGUUCUUGUUUUCAGUUUUUGUAGAUCUGCUGUAUGAUAUGUGCCCUUUAAAAAGCUAAUUUGAUCGAAAUGUUUUGGUUCUUUUCAGUUUUGAAGUGUUCAAGGACUCGUAAACCAUUAUAAAAUGUACAUAAUGUUGAUUAACACCCUCUAGAAGAAUAUUCUUUUUGAAUAUUUUAGCAGCAUAAUUUAUGAAUACGCCUUAAUUAAUUUGUUAAUAAAGUCAAACGGCCGAUUUGUUUGGAAAACGUUGAAUUUUUCCUGGUAUUUAUGUGUGUGUGCCAUUUCCUGUGUGCGGCAGGAAGCGGCUGAGCUGCUCAAACGAAUCGCUUCGGACGUGAAUGUAAUUAUUUCUUGGAGCUGUUGACGUUAGCGGAAAAGGAAACUCGGUCACUUCAAAUAAAGGAGCAUUUGUA